AUGGAUGAAAGGGAGAAGAAGGAUCCAUUUGAUAUAUAUGGUGAAUAUAUUGCUGCUGAAUUAAGAAGUGUUAAAGAUGACCAAGCCGUGACACAGGCAAAGUACCAUAUUAAUAAUAUACUGUAUGAAUUAAAAAUGGGACGAUAUAAUACAUAUGGAUAUCAAACGGCAUCUUCUCAUCCAUCAUCAACACCAAAUAAUGUUCAGGAAACUGAAAUAAGGGAAAUUGAGAGACACGAAACAAAUAGACUAGAUGCAUUACGAGACGAAACAGAAGAUUCGGCUAUACUAAACUUAGUUAACUAUCUCAGUGAUGAAUCAACGCAAUAG